AUGGUGAAUUACACAGUCGAGGUCCUUGGUCAAAAAGGAGAUGAGCCUGUCUACAUCAUGCUUAUCGGUACAGUCUGUCAAAGCAAACCCCAGAGGCUUCCACUCUUUUGGGAAAACACAAUCACCAUAUCCUGCAAAGAAAGUCUUGGUACUCUUCUAAUAGCUGAAUUGGAGGCCAGACCAUGUAUAGUCAUCAAUAAUGAAUGGUACUGUGAGAGACUGUUGGUCACCACACCCGAAGGAGAGAAAAUCUACUUCCCGUGUUACCAGUGGCUGGACAGCAGAAAGCCCGUUGUGUAUCUAAGGGAUGACAAAGCUACACUUAAAAGCCAGGAUUCUCACAUUGAACUCCUUACCCAAAGACAAGAGGAGCUCAAUGAGCGGCGCCAGAACUUCAAAUGGAAGGAGUAUUACCCUGGGUUACCUUGGGUUAUUGACGCUGCCAGUGCAUCUGAUUUGCCUAAUGAGGUCAAGUUCUCUUUCACCAAGGGAAUGAGAAUGGAUUACAGUUAUGAAAAAGCAUUGGCCCAGUUGAAGAUUGAAACCUCCUUCCACUGGUCACAUUCAUGGCAAGAUGAAGAAGAACUUUCUUCACUCUUCAAUUACCCAGAAGACAAUGUUUAUGUCCAGGACCAUUGGAAAAGUGAUGAAUUCUUUGGCUACCAGUUGCUAAAUGGAAUGAACCCCAUGAUGAUUGAGCAAUGCUCCGAGCUGCCUGAAAACUUCCAGGUCAAGAAUGAAAUGGUCAAUUCUUUCUUCCCAGGAAGUGAUUUACAGAGUGAAAUGCAGAAAGGAAACAUCUUCCUCUGUGACUAUAAAAGGCUGAGCAGCAUUGUGGGAAAUGUGAUCAAGAAGAAACAGCAGUAUCUGGCCGCUCCUCUCUGCCUGCUCUUUAGCACCCGUGACAGAAAGCUAAUUCCAAUCGCAAUCCAGUUGUACCAGGAACCCAGCAAGGUGCAUCCCAUCUUUCUUCCCAGUGACUCUGAGUGGGACUGGCUGUUGGCAAAGAUCUUUGUGAGGCAUGCAGAGUUCAUUGAGCAUGAAUUGAACUUUCACCUGCUGCGCACACAUAUGCUGGCUGAGGUUUUCUCUGUUGCAACACUGCGCAACCUGCCUUCAGCCCAUCCACUGUUUAAGCUACUCAUGCCCCACACCCGCUACACACUCCACAUCAACAUCAUGGCCCGGAACACGCUGAUCUCAAAAAAUGGGAUUUUCGCCCAGUUCACUUCUAUUGGUCAUGACGAUGAGAUCCAGAGGUUUCUGACUGAGGCAAUGUCCUCCCUGACCUACAGCUCUCUCUGCCUGCCGGACAACAUCAAGGAGAGAGGUCUGGAGGACAUCCCCAACUACUACUACAAAGUUGAUGGGCUGGGUCUCUGGAACAUCAUCUUCAAGUUUGUGGGAGGACUGCUGAGAUGUUACUAUAGAGAAGAUGAGGACGUCAAAGAAGACAGCGAAUUGCAGGACUGGAUUAAAGACAUAUUUCAGUUUGGAUUCCAGGGAAAUGACAGGACUGGAAUUCCUCAGUCUUUCCGGAAAGUGGACGACCUUAUCAAGUUUGUCACCAUGGUGAUCUUCACAGUGUCUGCCCAACAUGCUGCACUCAACAACGGCCAGUUUAACUUCGGUGGCUGGAUGCCCAACUUUCCCAGCUCCCUCAGACUCCCUCCACCCACAAAGAAGGGAGAAGCCACAAAGAAGACCAUUUUUGACACUUUACCUGAUGUCAACACCACAGUUCACAUACUGGCUGUUCUGAACCUUCUGAGCAAGAAAUCCUCUGACCGCCGGCAGCUUGGACAGUACACAGAGGAGCUGUUCGGCGAUGAUGAGGCGCGCAGACACAUUAAAGACUUUCAAAAAGAUCUCCAGAAGUUUGAAGAGAACAUAAAGAGCAGGAAUGAAGGCCUUAAACCUCCCUACCUUUACUUGCUACCAACACAUGUGGAUAACAGUGUUGACCUUUAGAGUGGUCAUCUGGCCAGAGGAGUCUUUAGACCUCUAAACUUUUUAUUUUUUCAUUUUUGAAUCAUAAUGUAUCUGAUCUUUACUGCAUAAUCAGCACGUGCUGACUUAGCACAUAAAGUGAUUCUUUUUUACUUUUACUUUCACUUCUUUUCUGAAAGGGAUGUGGUUACUUCACUUUGAGUCACUGUCUUUUAAAUGAACAGUUUCUACAAUCUGAUUAUCACUUGAAAUCAGUUUUUGUCUAACAGUCCUGUCCUUAGACACUCCUUUCUUGAACUGUGCAUGCUCAAUAUUGAAAAUUAUAAAAUGUAAACAUCUAACAAAAGAAGAGAGCAGGGGCUUUAAGGGAAAAUAGGUAAUGGAUAGAAAAGACAAUAAGAAAACACACAAGAGUCAAUCUAGUAUAUCACUUACAAAUGAUUAUAUUAAAGGUGGUGGGUUCUUUUUCCAAUACAGAUGCUGUUAAAUCUAAUAUGAUCAUAAAAAUAAAGAAAUAAAAUAAGUUUCAUUUGCGUUCUGU